CUAGCUGUUGCCUCCUUUGCUCCUUGCUGGUUUGGUCUCAAUGAAGCACUCUGCAAACACACAAUAAUGGAGACAUUUCUUGGAAGGCCCACAGUCUGCCAUUAAUUCACACUCUUAGUUUUGGAAAAAUCUCACACACAGGCACAGAGGUUGCCUUUUGGACCCACUUUCUUCCUUAAUUUGCAUUUAAAAUUACAAUAAUUAUAAUUCAAGAAGCUACCCACUGGGGGUUCUCCAUUUCCCAUGUAGUCAAAAAGCCGCACUCUUUCUCUCUGCUCUCGCUCACACUCUAGUCCUUCUCACUCAGUUAUUGUAUGCACAGUGAACCACUAGUCCCUAAAUGUGAAACCCAUUUGCAAGCAGGUGCUGGUUUCAAAUUUCAAGACCCUUCUCGUUCUCUCUCUCUCUCUCUCUCUCAUUCACGGGCUUGACCAUGGUGGUCUAUGCACGGGUCUUGCUGUUGGGUUUGCUUGCUUUUCUUGCAUUGCAGCUUCCUCUGAUAAUGGCAGAUUGCCCUCUGGAUUUGAGUGGAUCAAACUUCACCCUAGCAGCUUCUUUAUGCUCCAAUAAAGACGACAGAGGAAAGUGUUGCCGAUAUAUUAAUGCGUUUAUUGCAGUUUCUGUUGCUCGCUAUGCAAAUAGAACUAGCUACCUAGGGGUUGCUUCAAAUUUUUCUGAUACCUGCCUCCAUUCCAUUUCGCAAACUAUGGAGCUAUAUGGUGUUCCAAAAAAUGCGACUGUGUUUUGUGGGUUCGGAACAAAAAUUCCAGUUAAUUAUGAAUGUGAGGGUCGAACAACUGUUACUCAGAUGCUCCAGUCUCCAAAGUUUAUGGAUGUUAUGCAAAAUUGCAAAGUGCCAUUUUCAGCAGAAAGUAGUUGCAGGAAGUGUUUAAAUGCUGGAAUUGUAUACCUUCAUCGUCUUGUGGGAACCAGUGAUAAUAUAACUUUGAGUACUUGCCGUGAUGCAACUUAUGCUGCACUUGCAAGCCAGGUUGAUGAUGCUUCAGCUGUCAAUAUUGCAGCAUGUUUCUUUGGAGUUCAAGGGCUUAACAUCCCUCCAGAGCCAUCAUCCCCAUCCACACCUACUUCUGGUCCUGGGGCUUCUCCAAGUCCAUUGGUUGCUGACAGUCCAAGCCAAUUUGUCUUGGGAGUAACCUUAAAUGAUAACCACCAUCCCUUCCAUCUGACAUUAAUUCCAGGUAUUGGCAUUGCAGUUACAGUCAUUGCUGUUACAAUGCUGAUAGUCCUGAUGGUUCUUAUUCGUAAGAAACACAGAGAGCUAGAGCAAUCAGAGAAAAUAGACAAGGUCUCAAAAGCUUUCCCUCCUCCUCGGCCAAUGCGAAAAUUUCAAGAUGGAGGGGGACCUACAUCAAUGUUCCGAAAAUUCAGCUAUAAAGAAACAAAGAAGGCAACAGAUAACUUCAACACAAUCAUUGGACAGGGGGGAUUUGGAACUGUAUAUAAAGCUCAAUUUAGUGAUGGGUUAGUGGCUGCAGUAAAGAGAAUGAACAAGGUUUCAGAGCAGGGAGAGGAUGAUUUUCGCAGAGAAAUAGAACUUCUUGCUCGGCUGCAUCACCGUCAUCUUGUUUCUCUAAGAGGCUUUUGCGUGAAAAAACAUGAGAGAUUUCUGAUAUAUGAAUAUAUGAAAAAUGGAAGCUUAAAGGAUCAUCUUCAUUCCCCUGGAAAGCCUCCUCUCAGUUGGCAGACAAGAAUUCAGAUUGCUAUUGAUGUGGCUAAUGCCCUGGAGUACCUCCACUUCUAUUGUGAUCCGCCUCUAUGCCAUAGAGACAUCAAGUCAAGUAACAUUUUACUGGAUGAAAACUUUGUUGCUAAGGUUGCAGAUUUCGGCCUCGCACAUGCAUCAAAAGAUGGUUCUAUUUCCUUUGAGCCAGUGAAUACUGAUAUCCGCGGAACUCCUGGUUAUAUGGAUCCUGAGUAUGUGGUAACUCAAGAACUCACUGAGAAAAGCGAUGUAUAUAGUUAUGGUGUUGUACUGUUGGAGAUAUUAACAGCAAGACGAGCAAUACAAGACAACAAGAAUUUAGUGGAAUGGUCUCAAAUAUUCAUGGCAUCAGAAACAAGACUGCCUGAGUUGGUGGACCCACGUAUCCGGGAUUCCUUUGACUUGGAUCAGCUUGAAACAAUUGUGACUAUUGUGAAAUGGUGCACACAGAGGGAAGGACAGGCGAGGCCUUCAAUCAAACAGGUGCUUAGGCUUUUAUAUGAGAGCUCAGACCCAAUGCAUAGUGGGUUUCUGCAAGCUGUGGAGGAUGAAGAGUAUGAAGGAAGUGAAGGAAGAGGAAGAAGUAAAGGAAAGAUGCAUAGGAGUGAUGUGUUUUUCCAUAGUGGGGAUGGAAGAUAUCUUGCUUCUUCAAGUACAUCAAGAUCAUAUUGUAGCAGAAGCCUCUUACUUGAAACCGGCUCUCCACAAUCUCCCACCAAUAUACUCUCUCUUUGAGGUGCGUCUUUUUCUGAUUCAAGCCUUUUCUCAGAUCAUUGUUUACUGGAAAGCUGUAGCGCCAUGACGGAUUCAUUGAUGAGACAAUUCUAUCGACGUGAUUUAUGCAAGUUGACAGGUGCGCAUGGUUUGUCUCGUUUAUUGAGUGAAAACUCCGCUUCAUAGAGGAUGUCAAUGGCAUUGAGAUUUUCACUAGCUGGAUGGAAAAGGGUCAUUGUAAAAGUUUUAGAUACUUUGUUUUGUUUGAUGUUGUCUUAACAAUUUUGGAAGAAUUAAGGCAUAAAUAUAGAGUUUUUCUCUUGCAUCA